AUGUGGGCUCCCACAAUUUUGUUAUUAGUCGGGUUCGCCGUCGUCUCGGCGGAUAUCCUGCCCACCAAAUGGUCAGUAGUCGCUAUUGGAAAGCUGUUGUGUAAUGGAAAACCUAUCGAAGGCAAGGUCAGCCUGUAUGACAAAGAUAGUAAGUGGAGUCGUCAGAAGUUUGUUUUAAAACAAAGUGCAAUCAAAUUUUCGUUCAGACGCCUUCGACGACCUUCUCGACACGGACAACACGACCGCGAACGGAAAGUAUUAUGUGGAGGGGAGUGAUAAGGAAUGGUCCAGAAUAGAGCCAUAUCUCGAAAUUAUCCAUCAAUGCAAUGGUAAGUGCAUAAUACAGUCAAAUCCUUGUCUUCAGGAAAACGAGUUGACCGAAAGGUGAAGGUCGUAAUUCCCAAAGAGUUCGUCUACAGAGAGAACGAUUCCAAACGAACCCCGGUUUACAUCAAAGAUCAUGAACUCAGUGAUGAGGCGACCAAUGAAGGUCCCGAGAGCACCACUACUUCGAAACCAGUUGAAGCUCAAACUUACCUAACUAAAGUAGACGUCCUUCCCGAAAAGAUCAUAUUCGGAAAGAAAGAAAAGAACGUCGUUUGA